GGCUUCAUCGUCCAUGCUUUCAUUGCAUUGCCAUUGCCAUUGGUCUUCUUCCAGAGCAUUGAGUGUACCAUAAUUUCCUGGUUGUUCUGCGUGUUAGAUAAUACGGCACCAGGGGCAAAUCAGAGAAUCCAUUCCCUCAUUGGCUCAAGGAUCUGCUAGAAUUGUGAGGAAGCUGUGUGAAGUAGACGAUGGCGCUCAUCAGCCACUUGUCGCUGGAUCAGCUUGCCUGUAAUGAUGAUUUGUGGCCCACGGACACAUCAGUGAGUCAAGAGGAAGUGGACAGUCUGGUGGCAGAGUGUUAUGACUGUUUCAAGCCUGGUUCCAGUCUUGCCAGUGGGGCACUCGAGCCCUACUACGACGAGACUCAAGCAGAAGCAGAAGCAACAUCAGGCUCUGCUGAGCCUAUGGCGGAUAUCGCCGAAGGCAUAGUGAAGAGCUGUGACGCAGCAGAUGAUGUAGAGGGCGUACAGGCCGUAAUUUCGGCUCAGCUGGACGAGGAAGGCUACGAGGCGACGGUGCUUCCAAACGACACGGAGAGUGACAGUGAUGACGGCAUACCCGUUAAGCCGUCAUCCGUGAGCGGGCUGGUGCUGGAUCGAGACCAGCAUUUGAAGUUCCUACGCAACGGUUUGCAUCAGCUGCCAACUGCGUUUCAACGACUUGAUGCCAAUCGACCGUGGCUGUGUUACUAUAUCGUUCACUCGCUGUGCUUGCUUGACGCCGAGCUCGAGGCUGAGGAAAAGUCUCACGUUGUGGAGUUCCUGAGGCAUUGUCAGUCGCCGAAUGGUGGAUUCGCUGGAGGUCCAGGGCAACUCAGUCACAUUGCCACCACGUACGCAGCUGUGCUCACCCUCGCGAGUCUCGGCACGAGGGAGGCGUACGAGGUCGUCGACCGUGCCGCGAUGCGCCGGUUUCUGCUCGCGCUCGCGUCGGAGAGCGGCGAGGUGCGCGUGCACGACGGAGGCGAAGCGGACGUGCGGGCCGCGUACUGCGCGUGCUCCGUCGCGCACAUCCUGAACCUUGACGUGUGGCGCGCCUACGGGAACGUGGCGUUCUGGCUGUCCGAGUGCCAGACGUACGAGGGCGGCUUCGGCGGGGUGCGCGGCGCGGAGGCGCACGGCGGGUACACGUACUGCGCGUUCGCCGCGCUAUGCCUGCUGCGCCACGCCACCGACUAUGCCGACCUGGAGGCCCUGGCGGCAUUUGUGUCGCGCCGGCAGAUGCGCCUCGAGGGCGGCUUCCAGGGGCGCACCAACAAGCUGGUGGACGCGUGCUACUCAUACUGGAUGGGCGCGCUGUUCCCGUUGCUGCGGCGUGCCCUCAUCCUCGCGGCAAGCACGGCAAACGAGGACGACGACGAGGAAGAUGUGGAUGUCGAACAGGACUUUGAGCUGCGCGCCGAGCUGCCAGCCGACGUGGCCGAGCCGUUGCUGUGUUGUCCGGCUAGCUUGCAGAGCUACCUUCUGACGUGCUGCCAGUACCCUGGCGGCGGCCUGGUGGACAAGCCGGGCAAGCGACCGGACUUCUAUCACACGUGCUACGCGCUCAGCGGUCUGAGCAUUGCGCAGAACUGCGCCGCAGCCGUGUACCAGCCGGCCGCUGGCGUCACCAUGACAACCAGUGAGGCAGCAGCACCAGCUGAGGUCGCAGCCUUAACAGCAGCAACUUCAACAGUCCAAACAACCAGUGAUGAUAGGCCGGGCAUGCGCAAUCAAGACGACAGCGCUGAACUAGCCGAGGAGGUGUGCGGCGUAACAGCGACGCUUGACGCCACGAGAAUAUCUGCACCGGAUCCGUCAUCGAGUGACUGUGCUGACGAUAGUUUGCCCGAGUCCUCGUGUGCCGAUGCCAAGGACGCACGCGGAGAUCAUGUGCCAUGCGAUGGCGGUGUUUUCGUCCUGGGUCAUGUGGACAAUCAGCUUGUCAGCGUCGACCCGCUGCUGAACAUCUGUACCGACAAGGCAGAACGUGCCCUGGCUUACUUUCGAUCCCAGGAAAAGCUGUGAGAACGUCUGCACUGCCCACUCAGUGUGCGCGCGCGUGUGCAUUGGCUUACGCUCGACGGCGCAGGGUAAGCUUUGCGUAACCCUGUCUAGACUUAGACUAUGAUGACGGUGUCGUCCCUCUCCAGAUUAAGUGUACAAGUGGUGCUGUGACUCGGUCAUGGUGCUGUUCCCAGGUUUGUGUGUCCCUUCCGUCCCACUUCGUAUCGACAUUGGCCAUUGGUGUAGUCCAAGAACAGAAUGGGACUUUUUUUGUGGACGCUUGACUUUGAGUAAUGGACAUGUCGAUAGGCUAGCCGAACUGCACAUAGGCCGUUCUUGAACCCUUCCUUGUGACUGAUGCUUUCACGAGCUCCAUUGCCAGUCUACCUUCGAAAGACUUGAGCGGGAAUCAAGUGAUCCCAGCCCCGUCCUCUUUUCAUCACACCGCAGUGUUUUAUAUCGGACUUGCAUUUCCCAGUAUAUUAUAUUCUUUUAGCCGACCUCAGGGCACACACUUGCCGGCUUGCCACAGCCUGGCCACAGUGGCAUCUGUGUCUCAUCUGUUAAGGUACUGCUUUUAAGAUUCUCUCGUUCCGGUUUCAAAAUAUUAAUGAUCUGCGGGCACGAGAGCCUUACGUACGUGCAGCUGCGCAUAAUUAGAAGCAUUGCUGCGGGCAGCGGUGUCAGUACAUCCACCCCCCACCCACCCCCUUUUAUAAAUGUAAAUGAUGAUUGUUAUUCAGUUUUCAAGAGUUUAUUGCCCUGCUUGGGCUCAUUGUGA